AUGACAACUAAUACAAUAACAACAUCUUCAAUGGUUUUAUUUAGAAGAUUAAUUAGAGAAGGUACAAGAUAUAAUACAUUUAAAUAUGAUCCAUGGUGGAGAACAAAUGUUAUUCAAUUAUUCAGAGAUAAUAAAGAUGUUACUGAUCCAAAUGAAAUUAGAUCAUUACAAGAUAAGGUUAAAUCAUAUAGAUAUUUAAUUAAAAGUUCAAAAGAUUUAAGUGAACUUUUGGAUUCAUAUAAUAUUGGUCUUUCAUCAAGACAAAGAGUUGAAAAAUCUUCAAAUAGAGUUGGUUUAACUGUUCCAGAAUGGCCUGAAGAUAGAGAUAGAAGAAUUCAAAAAGAGAUUGAAGAAUCAAUGCAAAUUGGUAAAAAAAUAGAUACUGACCAAUUUAAAAAAAUAUAA